CAACCAAUAACAGCAAUGGCUCCUUCUCCUGUCAUCUACAUCGUCUACUACUCCACCUACGGCCAUAUCUACACCAUGGCCAAGGCUGUGCAAAAGGGUUUGGAAUCCCAAGGUGUCGACGUCAAGAUUUUCCAAAUCGCCGAGACUUUGCCUGAAGAAGUCCUCACCAAGAUGUAUGCUCCUCCUAAGCAAGAUGUUCCUAUCAUCACUGCCGAUGACUUGAAGAACGCUGAUGGUAUUCUCUGGGGUAUCCCCACUCGUUUCGGUACCAUGCCCGCUCAAAUCAAGACCUUCUUGGAUUCCACUGGUAGUCUUUGGCAAUCUGGUGCCUUGGCCGGCAAGUUCACUGGUAUCUUCUUCUCUACUGCUGCCCAACACGGUGGACAAGAGACCACUGCUUUCACCACCAUUACCUACUUCGCUCAUCACGGUAUGGUUUACGUUCCCCUCGGUUUCGCCAACCCCCAUAUGUUCGACAACUCUGAGGUUAUCGGUGGAUCUCCCUACGGUGCUGGUACCAUUGCCAACGGUGAUGGCUCCCGCCAACCUUCCGAGAAGGAAUUGAGCAUUGCUGAAACCCAAGGUGAAAACUUCGCUAAGACCGUCAAGACUUUCGUUGCUGGCAAGUCCGCUUAAUUCAUUUAUUGUCGAGGAUGAUAAUCGCAUAAAGUCACUUUAAAUUUGAUAACCAUUGUAAUAACACAACUAUUUUAAAACAUUAAACCCGUUUUUAAAAAACGC